AUGGUUGCUUUUGGUAGUCUGGGUGCUAUGAGACUUCAUACACGACGCCACAAUCAUUUCAAAGGUUUAAAAGUGAUCAACUUUCGGUUUACUAAUAAAGUACUUCAGAACGAAGUGGAGGAGGCCAUCCUUAAUUUACACAUUCAAGAAAUAGAAUCUAGGCAUAAUAUUACUAUAACAGAAGAACAUUUUACCAUAAAUAUCCAAGUAAAUAGAGUAACGAGAAACAGUCAGGGGAAUAAAGCCUCUGUGCCAUAUGCUGAGAGUGCGAUAAAGAUGUCCAGGAAAGAUUUGAAGGUUGGGAAGUGGGUUAAGGUGAAUGUAACAAAUAUGGUGGCGGAGUUCUUCAGGUUGCCGAGAGAAAACCUGGCGAUUGUAGUGAGAGUGCAAGACUCGAAGUGUAAGAUGAGCUUGGUGGUACCACAUCCAAGCUCCGAAUCAAAUAAUGCAUUGAUGCCAUAUGUAGAAAUUAGUCUAAGGGACAAUUCACACAAAAGAACCAGAAGGAUGAUUGGGAUGGAUUGCACUGAAAACUCCAAAGAAGUUAGAUGCUGUAGAUAUCCAUUAUCAGUGAACUUCGAGGAGUUUGGAUGGGAUUGGAUCAUAGCUCCUAAGCAGUACGACGCUAACUACUGUAGCGGGGAGUGCCCGUACAGUUUCCUGCAGAAAUAUCCACAUACCCAUCUAGUUCACUUAGCCGCCCCUCAGGGCAGUGGUGGUCCAUGCUGCGCCCCGCGACGGAUGAGUAGCAUCUCUAUGCUGUACUUUGACCACGAUCUUAACAUCAUCUACGGAACUAUCCCCGGCAUGGUGGUAGAAAGUUGCGGCUGUUCA